AUGUGGUGGGUCCCGCCCACGCUUUGCUGUUGUCCCUGUCUUUUGCAGUGGUAUAUUACUCGUCAUCACCCCUGCUUCCUUUUCAGAUCCUUUUUCAUUUAUGAUCAGUACAGAAAGAAAAGCCAGCUCUAUAAAACGAACGUCCUCUUAGUACCGUUAGGCGACGAUUUUAGAUAUGAUGGAGAGAUGGAGUGGAAAGAGCAAUACGAAAAUUAUAUGAAACUUUUCAAUGCGAUGAACAAUAACAAGGAGUGGAAUGUACAUGCCCGUUUUGGCACGUUGUCAGAUUACUUUGCCGAGUUGGAUCGUUCACUUCGCGCUGAGCAACAAUCUUUACCUGUUCUAUCUGGAGAUUUCUUCACUUACUCGGAUAGAGAUGAUCAUUACUGGAGUGGUUACUUCACAUCUCGACCAUUCUAUAAGCAGAUGGAUCGUCAGCUGUUACAUCAACUACGAGCUGCUGAAAUUGCGUUGUCGUUGCGUUUGAUGAAAGGUGGAACAUUCUCGGAUGAGGUUUUUGGUAGUCUUGUUGGAGCCAGGAGAGCCCUUUCAUUAUUCCAACAUCACGAUGGUGUAACUGGCACAGCGAAAGACCAUGUGAUGAGGGACUACGGUGACAAAAUGCUGUCCGCUUUACAAGGAACAGAGAGUGUGCUUUCUGAAGCGCUGGGAGGACUGAUAGGCACCAGAACGAUUUCGAGCACGAGUUUAAUUUUGGACGAGUACCGAAAGGAGCAGGAUUCGCUGCCUGUUAGAAGAGUUUAUAAGAUUGGAGAAUUUCUCGUAUUAUUUAAUUCACUGGCGAGAUCGAGAAAUGAGCCAGUAUGCAUCCAAGUAGAUUCUACACGCGCUGCACUGAAGAAGACUGCAGUGAACAAAGAGAUUCAACAACAAUUAUCGCCUAUAUUUGAACUCCAAGAUUUUCAUUUGGUGGCAAGCGGAAACUAUGAGCUAUGUUUCGUGGAUCAACUGGAAGCAUUUGGAGUAAGUGUUUAUGAAGUGAUAGCAAGAUCCGAUACCACGGGAUCUCUAGCAACAGUCAUGGCUCUGAGUGACCCGGCAGUUAGGGGAUUUGGCUUCGAAUCGAUCUCAGGAGAUACGUUCUCGCUGAACAAUGAACUUAUUGAGGCUUCUUUCAAUGCAGCUAACGGCUUGUUGCGGUCGGUAACACCCGAUGGUCACCAAAAAAUCGAUGUGAACGUUCAUUAUGUCCAUUAUGGUGCACGCAGGAAAAAAACUCUGGGAAAUGGAGGAGGAGACAGCCUGUCAGGUGCUUACCUAUUCCUUCCCAAUGGUGAAGCGACGCCAUUAUCUCAAGAUGUUCAAGAGUUUGUGGUUGUCAACGGGCCGAUCAUCAAGAAAGUGUACGUUGUAGGACCAAAAGACGUACCACGGACGUUACAAGUCUAUUCUCUAAUGAUAAAUACUCCUUCUAUAGAAAUAGUCAACAUAGUUGACAUACGGUAUGUUGUCCUUAGUCCUUUCCGCAAGCAUAGAAUGUACAUUACUCGUAAUAUGCGUGAGAAAAGC